AUGCCAUCUGUGCGAGACAUUUUGUUGCCUCCUGAACUGACCGACUUCUUCUUCCCUGAUAACGAUGAAACAGAGGUCUUCCCAGCCAUCUUCCUCUACACCAUUUGGCCCAUCUUGCUAGUGCUGAUCUACCCUACUCUGUGUGUCGUGUUCCUCAUCGAGGGAAUCGUUGAGGUUGUUUUCGUUUGUUGGCUGAAGACCAGAAGACUGCUUCGCCACCAGUACCUCUCCGCAGAAAGAGAACCAUUGCUUGUGCAAGAAAAUCGCAUAGAGCACGCAAUCCGCCCACGACCCCUAGAGACUGGCGGGUAUCUCGCAAUCGAUAUUGCAGCCGUCGACAUUUCCACGCUGAAAAAUGGAGCUCUGAUUCCCUCGUUACCACGUCGCUUCAUCCAAUUUCCCGUGGAAGAUCCAUUUCAGGUCGCAGUCCUAAGCUGGCGCUGGGACUUCUCGCAGUCAAAUGCAUCUUCGUCGGAUCGAUCUUUGAAUGUUGGGCACGCCAUCAAAUAUGCCAAGGCCCACGGGAUUCUUUUCCUCUUCAUCGACAUCAUCUCGCUAGACCAGACACUCCCGACCGGGGAGCUCAUUCAACAUGUUGCGCGCUUCGGCGACUUAUACACGACUAUACCGGUCAUUGUAGCCUACGAUGAUAUACGCCUGGAUUUCGACUACAUCAUGCUCCGUCCAUGGAUCUUUAGCGAGAUAAAAAAGUUGCUGUAUAACCCGUACAAGAUUGUGUACGUUGGGCAUCUUCGCCAAGGAACGUACGUACACAAGAGCGUGCUCCAUUGGUGGCUUGGACGCGUGCCACGAAGUCGGAUGACUGAGACGAGUUUCGUCGAGCAGCUACGGAAAGUGUGGGUAGCGGACUUUGUCACACCUGUUCUAGAACUACUGAACGGGCACAUCAGCAUGGCGGAUAUUCACGACUUCAAGUUCAUCAUUCCGCCGCUAUGGGGAAUAUUUACCGCUGCGGAAAGCUUGCCACCAAGCGACUAUCUCCUGACUGUGGCUUUACUACUCUCCGCUUCAUCGUAUGGACGCACUCGGGAGUACGUCGUCGAAGGUGCCUUUCUGACCCUACCGUACACCAAAUUUCAGAUCAAGUCUCUCGUCACAAACAAGGAGAGGACUAUAACGGAUAUGGAUGAAUUUAUGGUUAAGCGCGUUGAACAUACCGAAGUGCAUGAGAUCUGUGCUGGUAGCGUAAAGCUCGCCACAUUUGAGUAUCGCCACGAACGCUGGAGGAAAUCGCUGGUUCCACGAUAUACGGUCACACUAGCUCCUGACAUGGAAAAGGGUAUAUUUGCAAUGCUCGAGCUAGGGCCAGAAGCUCGUUCUCUUUAUCUGGGACUUGAGAUUGAGCGGGUCGCGAUGCUUGGGGACCACGAUUCGAUUAGAAAUCUGAACGUUGCAGUGGUUGAGCAAUGA